UGAAGGCAAUGGGUGGGGCAGGGUGCUCAAGAACAGGGGACAAAUAUGCUCCACCAACAUCUAUUUUGAAGAAAACACUGAACAAGUGAAAGAGCCAAAAAUGCCACAUGAAACAGAGUAACGAACAAAGUGAGUCAUCUGCCGGUUUGCAAGUGUUGGAACGCAACCCUUCAUUCGCAGAGUUCCUAGAGGAGGUCGAAGGCCUUGGGUACGCCGACCGCAGCUCGAAGGUGGACGCGCAUGCAUGCACACGCUCUCCAGCUGCGAUGGAGUCCUCGGUCACGCUGAGUUCAACAUGGGAAACAGGAUGGCUGGAGGAUGACUUCAGGAAAGGGCGAACAGGACAGGACACCACCAUUCCUACUGUCAGGAGCCCUACUUUCCUCGCCUCUCAUGCUCCCACCUGUGUGCGCGCGCGCGCCCUGUGCAUCCGUUACUAGUGAACAAAUGGAGAGGGGAAGCCUGGUGCUGAAGGCAGAAAGUGAUGCUGGUGCUGCUGCUGGAGGAGGAGGAGGAAGCGCAGUGCAAACACGGCCCCAAAGACAUGAAAUGAAGCGGCGGAGUCGCGAGCCCCCAGCGCGUGCGCAGCCGCGCGCUCUCUCGCGCUCAUUGGUUCGCAAUGACAUCAUGCGCAGCGGCGCUAUUUUUAGCGGCGCGGACUGGCAUUACCUCAUCGCGGUCCUCGCGCAGGUGUAGCGCUACAACAACAAACGGCGGCGCAGACGCAGGCGGAGAGGCGCGGGGAGAGGAGCGCUCGUACACGGCGGACCUCCAGCGGCUCGUCCCGUCGGCCUUGGGCUCCUUCCUUCCUUCCCUCCUUCCUUCCUUCCCUCCUUCCUUCUCCGAGGAGCUGCGCUCUGCACCACGGCGUGACUGCGGACGGUCCACAGCAGUGAGUGAGUGAGUGAGUGAGUACAGCUCGUCCAGGAGGAGCUCCAUCUCUCUCUCUCUCACACACACACAGCGGAGGACAGAGGGGAAGAAAGGAGGAGGGCGAAACAGAGUAAUAGUCCCUCGAAAAUAAAAACAUGGUCUUCUACAGAGAGAGGAGCGACACCCGUCCCCCCCUGUCCCUCAUUUUACCGCAGCUGUAUCUGGGGGCCGAGAGCGACGUCACUCAGGACUGCCUGUCUUCUCAGGGCAUUUCCUAUGUGCUCAGCGUGAGCCGCUGCUGUCCCCAGCCAGACUUCCUGCCACAGAAGCAAUACCUGCGCAUCCCCAUAGACGACUCGCUGCGAGACGACCUGCUGCCCUGGAUCCCCGAGGCGCUGCGCUUCAUCGAUGGCGCGAUGUCCCUCGGCUGCUCGGUGCUCGUUCACUGUGCGGCGGGAGUGUCCCGCUCCCCGGCGCUCGCGGUGGCCUAUGUCAUGUACCGUCUGGGCCUGUGUCUGGACGACGCGUACAGGUUUGUGAAGGAGCGCCGGCCCACCAUCUCCCCCAACUUCAACUUUCUGGGUCAGCUGCAGUUCUUCCAGGGGACUCUGGGACACGAGGGCCACGGGGCCAGUGGGAACGUGCCAGUGCAGGACGGCGCCGAGGAAGGCGACAGCUUUUCGACGGGGCGCUCCAAGAACCUUCAAGGCGGUGGCGGCCAGGAAAGUUCUAGCCAUGGAAGGGAUGGCCCGAACGGGUCCGACAGGCGGUCGGACGAACUCCCGCAGGUGACCGCUGGCCAGGAGCAGACCGAGCCAGGGGCAUCCCUCGCUGCCUCGCUGAGAACGCUCAGUCUCACUUGCCUCGUGCAACAGCCCCGCGACCCUUCCGUAGCUCUCGACCAGAACCAAAACCCAGUACCGCGACCGACGCAUCUGCAGAUCUCGCCAGGAUACGCGUCCCGUUCAGAGAAACGCAAGAGCCUCACGCUUUCCCUCUCGCCCCCGCCGUCCCUCACUGUGCAGAUGCGGCAGAACAGACCUCGGGAUGCUGUGCCUGCGCCCGCGCCUUUCGGGGGGCUGCCAGCAGAGGGCAGUGCAGGGGGCUGCCGGGAUUCGGUCCCUCCGCAGAGUGCCGCCUCGAAGCCCGGAGGGGCGCCGGAGCGUAAACACGCUCGCUCGGGCCCACAGCGGAGGGCGGUAGAGGUCCGGUGCGCCGCUGCGGUCGAGGCCGUCGAGGGUUUGGACGUGGAGCGCGCUGCUCUCUCGCCGGCGGGCCUCGUCGUCAACAAGCUGCUGGGCUGGGGGGAGAGGCUGCUUCUGGGGGCGCUGUUGAGUCCCAGGGUCAAACUGGGACAGGCGGCACUGCCCUACAGGUGCUGAUGGUGCGAGGAGAAGGCCGCCGCCGCCGGGCUGGGUGCUUGGGGGCGGGGGCUGCCUGGACCUAUGAGCGAAGGGUGUGAAGAGUGCGAAACGAGAAGAUGCGGCUUCUGUUGACUUGAAGGGCGUGUGUGUGAGCGCGCUCGUAUUUAUUUUUGUGAAUAAGCGUGAAGCUGGAGCACUUUCACGACCGCAUGUUGGCAUGUGACUGCAUUUGCCCCAGACUGCUGGGAAACACACUUUGCAAAGUUAAACUGUACAUCAAUUUACAUCCUCGGCCAGUGCUCGAGGUGGGCACCGUGGUGUGUGUGUGUGUGUGUCACUUUACGCUCGCUCAUGUGUUUGGAUAUUUAUUCACUGGUGGACUUAUUUAUUGAUGAUAUUUAUAUAUGAAUAUUUGGAGACUGGUAUUUUUGUCACUUUGCCUCUUCUCAGAUCUUCUUAUUAAUAAAAGGUAUUUUACGGAGUUGCUGUUGUUUCACUGUGCGUGAGAGGGCCGGGCGCCAGAAAGGCUCUCUGUCAAACACACCGAGUGUGCGUCUGUCUUCAGCGGGUGCCUGUCUGUGCUUGGGGGCGCGUGCGUGCGUCUGCAUGGGUGCCUCUGCUGUAUCAAAAAGCGAA